AUGAAGGUCCUUGUGGCUGCCCUGUUUGUCCUCCUCUGCACCUCGACCCUCUGUGCAGAAGAUAGGAGCCAGGAACCGUCCUCCUGCUGCUUUGCCUACAUCUCCCGAAAGAUCCCCCGCAAACUCGUGGUUUUCUAUUAUGAGACCAGCAGCGCAUGCUCCUCGCCGAGUAUCAUCUUUGUCACCAAAAAAGGCCUUCAGGUCUGUGCCCAUCCCAAUGAAGCCUGGGUCCAGGAAUACAUCAGGGACUUGGAGUGAUCCAGCA